AUGAAACCUUUAUCCGCAAGAGAUCGCCGAUAUUCUGUAAGUAAUUCAUUUAGUAAUUAUGUUUUUACUAUUGCCAGUCGUCAGUCCUAAAUUUCGUUCAAUGUGAAUAUGUUCGUGCCAUAUAUAUUCAUUAAAAUUAUGUAUUCAUACCUAACAGGUAAUAAAUGCUAAGCGGUCAAGUACAUUGCUAAAAGAGGAAGGCGAACCCUCCACCUCGACUGAACAAGGUGAAACCUCAACAAUGGCUGAAGUUUAUACUGACAAAGGUGAACCAUCUACUUCAACAUUGGCUGAUCAAGAUGAACCCUCAACAUGGCCUGGGCCUAGUGGUACUUAAUAUUAUUUUAUUUUAGACUAGCACACGUGAAAAUACAAAAGAUGGUUGGUGCCAAACUGUUGAAGUUGCUUGUAAAAAUUGCACAAAGCUGAAAUAAGAGCUACUGCGAUUGAAGCAGACAAUACAGUUUUACCAAUCCAAAUUAAAUUUUUGUAAGUCAGCAAUCAUUAUUUUUGAUCACCUAGUUACAUUAAUUUCACUAUAAUAUUAAAAAAUUAUGAGCAUGGCUUUAUUUACUUUUAUAAUAUAGCAUUUGUAAAUUCUGAAUGCUGAUUCGCUAAGAGCCAUGUUGAUAUAACUCAACGUCAACACAUUUGUAUUUCUAUGUGCUAUAUUAUAGACACUCGUGGAAAUUGGGAAAACUCGAAAUUGUGUGAAAACACUCCGCCCUUCGGGUUCGUGUUUCCACAAAAUUUCUUGUUUUCCCUAUUCCACUCAUGUUGAUAUAACUGUAUAUCAGCAUGGAAAACGUUUUAUAUUUGUUAAAUAAUUUAUGUAUAAACUUAAUAGAUGAUGAAAAGUUCUGUGAUGAUCAUGAUGUUGGCACAAUCAGUACAACCCAUGAUGACAGUGAAGACAGUGACGAUGAUGCCGUAGAUAAUGAUCGUGAAGAUGACAGCAAUGAAGGUGAUUUGUUGGAGCCAUCUUCUCAAACAGAGACAGAAGAAGAACCAAUGAUGGUGGACAAAACAGUUUCAAGUGAUACAGAGCCAGAGGAUGAAAAUGUGACAUAUGAUAAAAGGUGCGCAAAUAGUGAAUGCAAUCAUUAAAAAGUACUUUUAAAAUGUUUUUGGGCAAUAUAUACUGUACAAAGUGUUGUGUUUAUUUAAUUAAAUGAAUAAUAUUCUUAACUUUAUUCUUAUAGCAUUUUUGCUAAUAAUGAAAACCUCAUGAUGGAACCGAAGUUUGUUGUCUUCCUCUUGCAACUGUUGGAACUAUUCAAAGUUUGUGCAACAUGCAAGAAGCCUGAUGUGCUGGUAGAAAUGAAAGAGGUUGGUACAAUGGUUCAAGUUGAGAUGACGUGCAACAACAAAAGAUGUCGAGAGGGGGAAUAA